UCCAGAGCGCACAGAAGAGGAAGGAGAGAGAGAUGAAAAGGGAGCCAGAGAGAUAGUGAGAGAGGGAGCGUUGAUUUUCACGCUUCAAAUAUCAAUUCCACAAAGCCAUCUUUCCUUUCUCCUCUCGGCUAAGUCUGGCAUUAAACCCAGGCUGUGCGGUCCAGUUCAGCUUCCUGACAGUGACCGAAACGAAUCAGGACCGUCCUGAUUUGAAAUUGUAACUCCAGAUCGAGGCGGACCAGAGACGAGGAAUUAACCCGAGCCCUUGCUUUAAUUCAACUUGUGAUUCUAGACACUCUGUGAACAAGGGAAGAGGAGCGACAUUUUGCGUUUCCUGGGUCCGGACACCAGCGCGUGCAGAGCGGGCGCUGAGCUGGAGCUGCGCGUCCCGGCGCCCCGGAGAGCUGGAAAGGCUGUGAAACUGUAUGAUGGCUGUGCCAGCUGGAUCCUUAUGAUCGAACAUGGAGGCCACCAGCUUAGCGAAUGCCACAGAGGAUAACUUCAGCCUCUCGCCUUUGCCCAGUGAGGACUCCGGGAAUCUGGGUUACCGUGACUACAACAGUGCUGCGGGCCCGCCUGCUGUGCCGACACAGCAUUUUGAGGGCGUCAUUCAAGAGGAUCCUAUCAAACUUCUGAGUGUCCAGGUGGUGCUGAUUCUUGCCUACAGCACCAUCAUUGUGCUGGGUGUCCUGGGUAAUUCCCUGGUCAUCUAUGUCAUCUAUCGCUUCAAGACACUUCGCACUGUCACCAAUUUUUUCAUCGCCAACCUUGCUGUCGCCGACCUGCUGGUGAACACGCUGUGCCUUCCCUUCACUUUGGUCUACACGCUGCAGGGGGAGUGGAAAUUUGGGGGCACCCUCUGCUUCCUGCUGCCCUUCGCCCAGGGUCUCGCCGUCCACGUCUCUACCGUCACACUCAAUGUCAUCGCUCUGGAUCGUCACAGGUGCAUUGUGUACCACCUGGAGACCAGAAUGCGUAAAGAUGUUUGCUUCGGGGUGAUAGCGUUGACCUGGGUACUUAGCGCCGUGCUGGCAAGCCCUCUAGCCAUCUUCAGAGAGUACGGCUCCUUGACCCUGAAGCCGGGGCACACUAUACAGGUGUGCAUGGAGAAGUGGCCUGGUAAGAACACGGACGGUACCAUAUACAGCAUCUCCAUGCUGAUCCUCCAGUAUUUCUUGCCACUCUCCAUCAUCUCCUUUGCGUAUGCUCGCAUCUGGUCCAAAUUGCGCGCCCACGUCAGCCCCGCGGAAAAUGGUGGCAACAGCAGCGCAGGCUCUGAGCGCCACCGGCGUCGCCGUAAGACCACCAAAAUGUUGGUGACCAUGGUGGUUGUGUUCGCCGUCAGCUGGCUCCCCUUUCAUGCCUUUCAGCUGGCGACCGAUAUUGACAGUACCGUGCUUGACAUGCGUGACUUCCACCUGCUCUACACCGUCUUUCAUGUGGUCGCCAUGUGUUCCACCUUUGCCAACCCACUGCUUUAUGGCUGGAUGAACCGCAACUACCGGGCUGCCUUUGUGGCCGUGUUCAAAUGCCGCGACAAGGAGGACAGGGGUCGCAGUGGUCGGCUGGAUAGCGUCCACCCAGCAGGUGGAGCUGCAGGAAGGACAAAGAAGGUGCUGGAAACUCAGGAUGUUGUGUCCGCCAGGCUGAAUGCCACUGAUGUGUGACCACCGGACGAGGGAUGGAGGGGAAAUUCUCUCUGUUAGGUGACAGAAAACUCUCACAUGUGAACGGAAAACCAAAUUCUGGUGGGAGACAGACACCGGGGGGAGAGACAAAAUGGCAAGCGGGAGGGGAUGAGAAUAAAGACUUUUUGGGUGACUGAAAUAGAUGCAGAGGCACAGAGCUGAGAAAGAAACACUGAUGACGGGACCUCAUCAUGGACUAGGACACAUUCUCCCGACAAGGAAAUGUACACUGAAACAGAAGAAUAUUCAUUUGUGAAAAAAAAAAACAGCAACAUUUAUCCCUAAAGUUAUUGAUUUGAAAGUCAAAUCAAAUUCAACUUGGAAAUAGGGCUGAACUCCAUCAUUGUUCCACAUGUGAAGCAUUUAACCAGUGUGGCUUAAAAGAUACAGAAAUGAAACCUGCAACCUUUUGAAAUGUGAGUCAGGAAUCUGGGGAGAAAAAUCCCACUUGUGAACAAUGAAACACAUCUUGGGGGAGUUCGGGGGGAUGUAAGGAAACCGCAGAUGCAUGAUGUAAACUUGUGUAAUCCUCUUUAUGUUAUGACGAUGUACGGUGAGAUGUCAAGUUUGUGAAUCACCUGGAGAAGAGCGUGUUCAACAAGGAAACAACAAGAGAAAGCAGAAGAUCACCGACAUGACAAGAAGGGUUGCAGCUGUUCUUUCAAACCAAUUGUCUUUCGUCACAAUUCAAUGGUUUGUGACGUGGCAUGGUAUAAAGAGCCGAGCAGAAUGUUCCUGCUCCAGCUCACUCAAAAAGCUUCUGAGAACGAAGAGAAAAAAAAAAGUCACCCGAAAGUGAACAUAAUGUUCCUAAUUGGCUCGCGAUCAUUAUUUGUUUGUGGAUCUUAUUUAUUUAAUUAUUUAUUUUCGUUACAUAAGAUGAUCAAAGCGAGCUUUUCUUUUUCCAUCAGGUUCACAGAAGGCUGCAUGUAAAAUCUGUUUAUCGAGAGCGGUCUUAUCUAACUUUGAGUUCUUAGGAGCACUCGGCACGUUUGAAGAUGGCGUUUCUGCGAAACACGGUGCGUCUUGCUGCGACUCCAUCAUCCGCCCCAUCACCCUGCCGUCAGAUCACUUGUCGCAGCAAUUUCCUGAUAAUCAGUCCAUGAAAGUGGAAUAUGUAUGGAAAUUUUGUGUUGCCUUGGUAAUUUCAAUAUGUGAUGUCAUGUGUCAGCGAACGGCUCCAUCGCAUCUCCUGCCUCUUUACUCAAAAACAUUUGAAAUCGAGCAAAGUGGCAGUAAAUCGAUGCUCAUUCCCAGCUGUGUCCGCUGCUUCCUCUCCGUCAGCGCAGCCAUCUGACGACUCUUUCAUCACUUCAGAAGCAUUGGAUGUAUCUGAAAUGAAGCGUCACUCCGAAUCGAAUCUUUUGGAUUUCUUUUUUUUUAACAAUAAUUAAAUUCUCUUUGACAUAUUGGAGUGGUGAUCGCUGCUGCUUCUUUAACCAUGAAUGUAAACCACUUUGUACUGUGGUCGUCCUGUUGUACGUUGUAUAUUUGUGUGUAAAUACUGACCGUAUCAAAGCACAAAGUGUUCGCCUUUUACCGUGUUGAACAACCAAUGUACUAUUCUCAAGCACAGCUCCGACUCUUGCCUUUUUAUUUCGUUGUUCAAUUGUCUGACGCUGCAUUCGUGGCUUGUCCUUCCAUGAAACACAAUGAGGGCCAUUGCUAUCAGUAUUCUAGAGCAAGUCAAGCAUAAAGAGUGUCAUGAAUGCGAUAUGAGGUCAUCACUCGUGUCACCAAAUGGAAGAAAAAAUGAGAAGAAACACUCUUCUACUUUUGCUUUGCUGUGUUACAUUGCAUAGUAGUAGAAUAUGUGGCUACCAUUUAAACAGAGAGCGUCAUAGGUGCUUCAUUAUUAUGGACAUACAGACCUACAGACCGAAUGCUACAGACAGAAUCAAUGACUGAUAACACAUAGGAAAUUUGCGUCAUCUCCUUCCAGAUAGUGCUAAAUCAUCUGUGACCACCUGGAUUUGCUGUUCUUGCUUUCACAAGCAGAAUUCUAUGCUGGGCUCCUGGACCUGAUAUGGCUGGGUUUCAGCUCUUUUCGCUCAGUGGAAAACAGAUACUCAAAUCAAGUAGUGAAAUGGUCAACAGCUCAUGGAGAAGUUCUGCACUUUGAACAUGAGUCAAGAGUUAAUCGACUUGCAUCACUCAUCCACACAUCAGCCAAAAGGAAAAGCUCCCAUGUUCUCCGAAUGCCACUCUGGAUUGUAAUGGAAAGAUAGAUUAGAGCUGAAACUGUCUGCAGGGUACUGGAAGGAGAACUAGCUAUGUGUUGGAGAGACCCCUAUUUAGAUCAGACAUGAUCUGUGGUUUUCAUAGUAACCUCAUCCGCCUCAUCAGACAGACUUGAGUGCGGCUUAUAAACCUUAAUCUGGAUUCAUUUAACUUUCUGUCAUAAUCUGCACUUU